GAGGCACCGUUAUUUCUAUCAUUACAUCUAACCAUCAGCGUCAAGUGCUCGCUUCUUGACGUUCUGGACGAAACGUAACCCGAUCAAAGUGAAACGAAGAACGCUUUCGAUCCAUCAUGAACCAACAAAUAGCAACAAGGUGGAAACUUAAGCUGCUCGUAACAACUGCAACGUAUGUAAGCCUCUUAGCUUCUCUACCUGUGCCAUCAUCCGCCUACCGCCCUGGCAAUGAAACUGGUCUGGCGAGACGUCGAUUCGCACUCGAUAUCCCUUCGCGUAAAAAUGAAUACAAUUUUCAGGGUGAGAUACGGGGUUCACUCUUCUUCGACAUAGAUUUUAUGGAGCGCGAAAUUACGAAAAUAAACCUUCGAGCAUUUCCCUGGGGUGAUGUUGACUACGAAGGACGCGAAAUCAUUGACAUGUGGUCGAGCAAUGAAACCCAUUUAGCCGAAGAAGCAAUAACAAAACGCAAUGCUGGACCUGCCUUGCCGAAUCUACCGAUUCGAGAUGACCAGGACAAAAUAAACAUACGGAUUCAGCUGGCUCCCAGCUUUUACGGAGAAGAGGAGCGUGAUCUGUUGCUGUUUAUCGACAAUCAGCUACACUGGAGAGAAACGCUGCCUAGAAAAUUUGAUUUCGAUAAAGUCGUACUCUCUGAGGCCGUCGCAAGGGAUGCAACCCCAAGCCAAGUCAAGAUAACGGCCACUUCAAACAAGUACACGCACCCGAAAGAAGCUAUUCGUCCUCACCCACUCGCGUUUGGACCACCUUUGUCAAAGUUCCAACGUCGUGAUGCCAUCUGGGGAAUGACUCCCCUUCAGGUGCCUCCUGGUGACCGAUACCAGCUGCAAAUCAAAGGAGAAAUUGCGGUUAUCACUUUACCUUCACCGAUUGAGGUCGAAGCGACACUACUCACGAACUACUCUUCGUUCAGACUAUUGUUCGACGAGCCCUAUCUUGCGAAGAUACAACUGGUCGUAGCAAACGGGACCCUGGCAGGACUUGGCCUGCUCCACCGCCAGAGCUUGGGUUCGCAGGAGUUGUUGGUCAGCGUGGAUGAGAAGUCGCUCCCCUCACCGGUAACUGAUCGAAGCUUUCAGAUGACGCUACAAAGAGACCUGGACAAAGUAGCUGCAUUUGUCGACAUUAAUGGAGUGCGGCUUGAAGGAGCUAUGCAGGUACAGAAUUCAUUGUCAAUAUUACCGGCUCAUUUAUUCACCAUUGUAAUCGGCAAGCCCGAAGAGCACUGGUUACGAGUAACCGAGAUCAGUGAAAAAUACGUCUGAGGUAUCUUCUUGUCGACGGUCUAACGGCCCAAAAAAUUCAUUAGCGGAAUAAUGUUUUCUAUAAUCCGCUUCAAGCAAAAUAGCUGUCUUGUGGUAUCGCGAAGGUGAACGACUCAUUCGAAAAUAAAACUAUUUCGACUGGUCGAAUAUGCACAAUAAAAUAUAAAAUUAAAUUAAUUGUGUGAUUGUUAAACCAUUAUUCAUUAGUCCUAAAGGUUGUAUCUGUGUAAUUAAACGUGUGCUGUAGUGGCCUUGCAACAGCGACGCGUCAACGCUUUGGUUAAUCUGUCCAAUUUCUAGAUGUACUUUGCUCAACAUUUGCUAAAGAAGUAUAUAUGUUAUUAUAGGUUAGGCAGUUCCCUGUAUCGUUACCAUAGGAGCCCCGUACCCUGGCCAAGUACAGAGGCUCAUAUAAAAGCGAUGAGGUCACCUUGUUCUAUUUUACGCUUAUGGCCACUGUUGCUGACGAGAUUCCCGGGAGG